AUGCCCUCCAUCUUUUACUUGCUUCAUGAAGACCACGUCAGCUUAGCUCUUGCCCAGAGAGCAAGGGUCUUCGGACUGCGCAUCCGAGUCCAUCUUCCAUACAAUGAGUCGAGCGCCUCGAGUAGACCGGCCUCUUUCAAGCGGCCUAGGCCGACAACGACCGUACCGCGGAUUGUCGAUAAGUCUAGCGGUCUUCUGGCCGUGCUUGGCCACGAGCAGAUAUCGCAGUUGGCCGAAUUAGUUGGCACGGCCGAUUUUGUGUACUGCCACUGGCAACCAAGCGCCAAAUGGCCGUCUCUAAGGCAGGGCCAGCGGACGACUCAGCUUCACUCAGACAAAAGAGGACAGGCGGCAACAAAGUCGGAUGAGCAGUGUCAGGACGAGGGGGAUCGGGAUCACAUGGGAGCCUUGAGGACAGCAGUGGCCUCGGGGACAAAGGUUGAGGUGUACAAGGACAAGAGAAACCUGAAAUGGAAGAGAACAGAAGAGGACCAAACGCCUGAAGAGCCCAGCAAAAGUGGCCUGGAGGCUGCCAAAAAGGAGGAAUCCUGUUCCAGCAAAAUGGAGGCAGAUGUAAACAUGCAUGGAAUACGGCAUAGACCGGCGAAAGGUGGUGAGAAAAGGGCGCUAGUGUGGCAAACGGACGAGAUGGUGAGCCCCCAAGACGGGGGCGCUGGGUGGGAGUACCAGGAGGGGGAGGGCAACGGAGCGGUUUCUCCGGACGUGGCAGGCCUGGACUCGAACUCAACAGCCAAGUUAGGUAGAUGCAAAGAAAGGACAAAUCAGGCGAGGGGAAAAAACGUGGAUUCGGAGGACAGUGACGGUUUGGUGUUCGACAGUCGUCUAUUUUCCAACUUUAAAAAGUGUGAGUUUUCCCUUUUCACUGGAUUUGAAACGACUAUCCUCAGUCAUAUCACGUAA